ACGGAUUUGUAGUUAUAAUUAUUGUAUAUAUACGCCGUGAUUUAUACGAUUUCAUCUUUUAUUUUUAGACAAGAUGUCAGAUAUCCACAGGAAAACCGAGGAAAAUGGCGUUAUUGACUUAAAAGAGAAUUUGAAAGAAAUGCCAAGAAACAUGCAUAUCUUUUCCUUGUCAAUGCGAGCCCUUUACACCGACAAAGCUGUUGGCACCUCCACCAGUGCUGCACGUAAAUUCAGAAAGCUUCGAGAUGACACAAGAGAUGAUGCUAUGGUAUACUUGAAGUGCAUCCUUCCCAUAACCACCAAGUUUGUGAUGUCCAUUAAAGAAUACUUCACGAAUUACGACGCUCUGUCCUAUGAAGAAUGGUGUGAAAUGUUGCCAGAUAUUCUCAAAGAAACAACAACGUACAAAGAACUGGCGCAAACGGUGAAAGGAAUGUACGAGGAGAUGAUGGUUUCUUUAAAGAGACGUCAGGACGAGGCGAAAAUUAUCAUGACAGGAUUCAAAGAUCUACAACGUAAGUUUGAAAAACAGAAAGAGGAAUUGGAAGGCACGGCAAAAAAGAAAAUGGACUGGGCAAUUGGUCUUGCAUUCGUUCCUUACGUAAAUAUGAUUGCGAUUCCUUUGUUGGCACUUUCUGCAAACGACGAUAUGGCAAAAGCAGUUGCCAAGCAAUCCGAGUCAAGCAUCCAAGAAGCUGCAGCUCUCGUUGUUGCAGAAACCCUAAUCCCAGCUCUGACCAAUUUCAUCGAGGGUCUGACAAAAGCAGCAGGGUUCUUCCAAGUGAUGGAAACAGAAUUGCAAUCGUUUGAAGAAAACUCAGCAAUUGAAUCUCCGAAAAAGCUUCAUUACAUGCGAAUCAGAAACGAAGCCAAAGAAUUGAAAUCUCUGUGCCAAGCGUUCUACGCAGUUCUGCCAGCUGUUCGCACCGACUUUGAGGCAAUUCCAGAUGAAGGCACAGACCAAAACUACGUUGACAAAUGGUUGGAGAAACAACUGGCCGAGACUGAGAAAAAAAGAAGCAUGGUUCAAAAGUUUUUAUUAAGUAUUCUUACAGCUAAUACAGGAAGCAAAGAAGAAGCUAAAUAACUUUUCUCAGAUUUAACAUUUAGUUGCAUGACAAAGUUGAAACAGUAAACAUUUAUAAGACAUUAUGACUGUAGAGUCUAAUCAGUAUGAAUGUAGAGUUAAGUCUUUAGUUUAUUGUAUAAGGUAGUUGAUUUAUUAAUCAUUAUUAAUUGUUCAUCAUUGUAUUUUUGAGUUGUUCAUAGAUUCUAUAACUUAUGCACGUACUCGAGCACUUAUUUGCUGUAAAAAAUGCUAUACCAUACCAAAUCGGUUUCUGAAGAGCAGAUGCUGGCGGUCAACCUGAUGUUGAUAGAAGUAAUAGAAAGUUCAGGGCCGUCGCU